AUGGGGACGCAAGUGUUGGUAAAUCUUGCUUCUGUAGCCAGCGGUGGCGCAAUUUUAGUAACACUUGUUGUUGUUGGCAUCCUGUUCCAGGAUAUCAACAGCCUUUACUAUGAAGUUCUUGAUGACAUGAAUGACUUUAAGAGUUUGGCAAAUGAUGCAUGGGAUGAAAUAAUGAGCGUCCAUGGAAUCCAAAAGAACUCACAGAGGGCUGCCGUUAAUCCUUUCGCUGAGCUUAUUUCAAGAAGCAAACGACAAACCCUUCCAAAACAUUGCAAAUGUGGACUUCGCCCGACUAAAUGUCCCCGAGGCCCUCCAGGACCACCAGGAGACCCAGGAAUACCAGGAGAAGACGGUCCACCAGGUCCAGAUGGACGUCCGGGCCCUGAUGGCAUCCAAAUCUCGUUCGGACCUAACACGAGGGGAGGUUGCGUACAGUGCCCACCAGGACCCCAGGGUGUACCUGGCCCAGACGGACCGAUGGGUCCACCAGGACCAGACGGCAAACCUGGAUUACCGGGACGACCAGGACCUAUGGGACCUCCUGGCCCACAGGGAGAGGAAGGAGAACAAGGACCACCAGGCCCGCCAGGAAAAGAUGGAACAAAGACGACUUGCCAGAAGGGACCGAAAGGACCUCGUGGUCCACAGGGACCGAUGGGCAAAGCUGGUCCAAACGGCCCAGACGGACAGAAAGGUCCAGAAGGUCCAAUGGGUCCUGCCGGUCCAGCUGGUGCUCCAGGUAUUGCUGGCCGCGAUGGAGAAAUGGGACCGCCUGGUCCGGAAGGUGUACCUGGCUUGGAUGCCGGAUAUUGUCCAUGCCCACCACGAUCAAGCAACAGCAAUCCACCUAUUCCACCAGGUGGAUGUGAUCCAGUUCUUGUUGGCGAACACGCUCCUUAUGCUGCUAAACGACGAGCCGCUGCUAAGCGCCGUAUGGCAAAACAUCGCGUACAUACCGCAAAGACGGUACAAAGAGCCCAGAGGAUCAAGAUCCAUUAA